ACCUUCUUGGACACCUGCUCCGUUCGUCCACAUAAUCCAGUGUCCGUCGUCUCGGCCGCCAUCUAACUUUCUCAAAACAACCCCGCCUUAUCCAGGUUAAAUAGGCGGAUUUCUUAUUGUUUAGACCAUUUGGAUGGUUUCUAUGGGGAAUUAGCAAAGCCAAAGCUCUUCCUGACGACUCCCCUUGGCAGUGAUUAAGAAGAUAGGUACCACAUCACGCCGACCUAUCUACCCCACGACGGCUUGGACGACCCAUCUCUCGCUGAGAACCCUCCUCUACCCCGGUUCUAUCUUUGUGGCAUUUCAUCCAAACCGUGCUGCAAUUGAGAAUUGAGCUGAAUUGACGAUAUUCGAGAGCCGAAGACCUCCAGACCUCGAGUCGGACUGAGCACGACAUCAUGUCCCUCAACACUCCGACCCCUCCCCUCCUACUCACAAAACGGCUCACGGCCUUCCUCAACGCCAAUCUCUCUCCGACCCUCCACGCGGCCUUCAUUACCACUGCAUCCGGGAAGCUCCUCGCCCACGCCACGACCCCCUCCUUUGCCUCGUCCGGUUCAUCUCCCGGGUCGCCCCCACCGCCGGGAAAUGGUGGUGCCGCUACCAUUUCGAGUACGACAGCCUCCCCGUCCGCUUCUUCCGUCUCGCUCCCGACCGGAUCCCGUCCCAGCGCCGUCUCCCUCCUCCGCACCCAGGCCACCGUAGCCGCCAGCCUCUUCGCCCUGCACUCCGCGUCCUCCACGUCCAUACCCGGCGCCCUCCCAGGCUCCUCCGAGUCCCACCUCGACCAUGACGUGCUGCCCGACACAACCCCUGCGUCACCGACGACCGCCGCAGGCGGGAAGAAGAAGAACUCCAAUUCCUGCAAAUUACCCCUCACCAUCACCGUCCAGCUCUCGAACGGCAUCCUCGUCGUCCGCCGUCUGCGGUGCGGCCUGCUCUUCGUCUGCGUCGGCCCAUUACCCGAACCAAGCGACGGCGCGUCUCACUCGCAUCAUCAUCAUCAUCAUCAUCAUCACACGGGCGGCAGCAGCAGCGCGCCGGGCGAAGGCGGCAGUAGUGCCGGCAGUGGUACCGGUGGCGGUCUCAGCGUGCCUGGCACUGCGACGCCGCGAGGUCAACAACACGGCAACGCGAGUCCCGCGCACAUGCCCGCCUCGCCGUCCGAGGUGGAUAGCGUCAUGAGCGCCGGCGCGGCCACCACCGUUAGCGUUGCCAGCGCGGGGAGCAGUGUCGCCGGCAGCGUAGGGGCUGUGGCCGUCGUGUCGAUGCGGAGACACGCCGAGGACCUGGCGCGGUGGUUGGAUGACAAACUCGGGAGCCUCCGGGUGCCACAGGACGGAGUUGGCGCCGUGGAAUGAGCGGCAGUUUACUGAAUUCUGUGCUUUGGGGCGUAUCUACCUACCUGGACGGAGAGAUGUCCGACCAGUAGUUGAGCGCAUGGCACGGGACAGAGAAAGAGAGAUAGGGAGACAGAGAGACAUGUCAUGGACCGGCGUUUAGGGGCGUUGGGAAGAUACCAUAGCGGAAAUCCGACCUGCGACUUGGAGUCGCAAUAAUUGCAAGACAUGCAAAUUUACUACUAGAAUCUGGAAGGCAGACCAGCAAAAGCACACACGAAGAAAAAAAACCCCCCGAGAAAUUGUCAUCUUUGGCACGAGAGGAAACAUCAUAAGCUUUAACCGCAGGAGAGUAGUUAUGUUGUCUUAUUAAAUCAUGUGCUGCACUUGCCCACCCCGGUAAGUAGGCAAGUAUGUAUGUGUUUCGUCAGUAAUGCUCUGCCCCGAGUAUGCUUGGUGCCUGUGUAACGCCGAACAAACAACAAACGCCAAGUCGAAACCCCAA